CCGGCGGCCCCAGCCCCCCGCCCGGCCCGGCUCCGCGCCGCUCUCCCGCCCUCCUCUCUCCCUCCCUCCCGGCCGCGGAGCAGCAUGGCGGAGCCCGGGCAGCGGCCGCGCGGCCGCCCGCCGCCCCUCUGAGCCGGGCUCGGGGGCAGCCCGGCACCUCAGAGCGGACCCCCGCCCCGCCGCGCCCUCUGCCGCACUUGUCCCACUGCGCGCCCCCUGGAGCGCCGCGCACCCCUGGGACCCUUGUGCGCCCCGGGUGCCCAGCAUAACCCGAGUUCCCCCGCUCACCCUGGAAUCUCAGGACUGCCCCAGGAGCCCCGCGUACCCCUGGACCCUGACGCGGCUCUGGGACCCCCACGCGCUCUAGGACCCCUGCGCGCUCGCAGAAUUCCGGGGCUCGGCCAACCCGGCUGCGCGCCCUGGUGAGGGGCCCCGCCCCAGAGGAUCCCCCUCUUCCAACAGACGGAGCCCCGCCCCAGAGGGACCCCCAGGUCCUACAGGGACAUCCAGCCACGCCCCAGCGGGCUCCCAGCAUCUCGCGCCUGGAGCCCUGUGCUCCAGAAGAUCCUCGGUGCCCAGCUGGGGGCUCCCCGCCCUGCUGAGGGGGCGCUGCCCAAGAGGGUCCCCCGCGUCCCGCGGGCCCCGGCAGGAUGCACGCCGCCCUGGCGGGGCCGCUGCUAGCCGCCCUCCUUGCCACCGCCCGCGCCCGCCCGCAACCCCCCGACGGAGGACAGUGCCGGCCGCCUGGAUCGCAGAGGGACCUGAACUCCUUCCUGUGGACUAUUCGGCGCCAUCCUCCAGCCUACUUGUUUGGCACCAUCCAUGUUCCCUAUACCCGAGUCUGGGACUUCAUCCCUGAUAAUUCCAAAGCAGCCUUCCAGGCCAGCACUCGCGUCUACUUUGAGCUGGAUCUGACAGAUCCCUAUACCAUCUCAGCCCUGGCCAGUUGCCAGCUGCUGCCCCAUGGGGAGAACCUGCAGGAUGUGCUGCCAAGGGAGCUCUACUGGCGCCUGAAGCGCCACCUGGACUAUGUGAAGCUGAUGAUGCCCUCGUGGAUGACACCAGCACAGCGAGGCAAGGGGCUGUAUGCUGACUAUCUGUUCAAUGCCAUUGCUGGUAACUGGGAGCGCAAGAGGCCCGUGUGGGUGAUGCUCAUGGUGAACUCCCUCACAGAGACAGAUGUGCGCUCCCGGGGUGUGCCUGUGCUGGACCUCUACCUGGCCCAACAGGCCGAGAAGAUGAAGAAGAGCACUGGGGCUGUGGAGCGGGUUGAGGAGCAGUGUCACCCCCUCAAUGGGCUCAACUUCUCCCAGGUACUGUUUGCUCUGAACCAGACACUGCUGCAGCACGAAAGUGUGCGAGCUGGGAGCCUGCAGGCACCCUACACCACAGAGGACCUCAUCAAACACUACAACUGCGGGGACCUCAAUGCAGUCAUCUUCAACCAUGACACAUCCCAGCUACCCAACUUCAUCAACACCACCCUCCCACCGCAUGAGCAGGUGACAGCCCAGGAAAUCGAUAGCUACUUCCGGCAGGAGCUAAUCUACAAGAGGAAUGAGCGCAUGGGAAAGAGGGUCAUGGCUCUGCUGCAGGAAAACCAGGACAAGAUCUGUUUCUUCGCCUUCGGAGCAGGUCACUUUCUGGGGAACAACACUGUCAUCGAUGUCCUAAGACAGGCAGGGCUGGAGGUGGACCACACACCUGCUGGGCAAGCCAUUCACAGUCCUGCUGCUGCUGGGAGCCCAGCUCCCCCUCCUGAGGGCACCUCUCCUGCCAGCCCAGCUCCAGCAACCCCAGCUGCUGCAGUCCCAGAAGCAACCUCAGCGACCCCCACCACCCCUCCUGAGGAGGAGGAUCCAGUCUUGUCCCCACACCUCCUGCUCCCCGACAGCCUAAGCCAGCUGGAGGAGUUCGGAAGGCAGAAGUGGCGCAAGAGACUAAACAAACACCAGCGGCCAAGGCAGUUCAAUGACCUCUGGGUCCGAAUCGAGGACAGUACUACGAUCUCGCCACCUCCGCUGCCCCUCCAGCCCACCCCCAGCUCCGAAACCACCAAGCCCUUGGUCAAGUCCUCACACCAACUCCAGCAGCAGGACCCUGUGGGGCCUACCAGCAGCUCAGCGCCUGCACUGGGCCUCCUCCCUGCCAUCACUGCCUCCAUUGUGGCCCACUUCCUACUACACACCCUUGGGCCUUCCUGACCUCGACCACCCUUGCAGAGAAGCCAGAGAAACCCUAGGAGUCUGUGGCUGUGUCCACCAUCUGACACCACCUCAGAGGGUGCUAACACCUCAAGACAGUUCACACAGGACAGGGACCUUAGAACACUAGAGCUUUAUUAUACUCAAGUUACAUCUUCUUUUUUGUAGAAGGUCUUAAUUUCCCAUAGUGCUAUGGGGCUCUUUUGUAAAAUAUGUGUCCAUAUUAAAAGAGAAAAUGUAUUUAUUCUAUUGAUAAAACUAUUUUUAUGUAGCCUAUGUUAUAGUCCCUGGAUUAGCCCCAAACACCAACCCAGGGAAGGAGCCCAGGUUCCCAUGACCUCUGUGACCUGUGUGGACUGUGGCUUUCAAUUGGCCCCAAGCCUCCUGCUCAGGCUUGGCUUCUCUCACUGUAGGCACCUCUGAGGGCAGGCAGAAAGGCAGCCCCAGCUUUUGUGAGGCUAGAUUUCAGAGCCAGAGACAUGGUGGCCAACCAUCCUCUCUAACCCUGUCCAGGCCCCAAAAGGACAAUAUAAAGAAAAAGAGAGAAAGAAAGAAAGAAAGAAAGAAAGAAAGAAAGAAAGAAAGAAAGAAAGAAAGAAAGAAAGAGAAAAGAAAAGAAUGCUGCUAUUUUGAAAUCCUGCGUGUCUGUGGACUAGCCCUCCAGGGUUCCUGGUACAUUUUUUCCAUUAAAGUGGGAGACUGGUGGUGAGGGAGAUGAACCCAGUCCUGUGGUCAGAUGGUUACACUGAGACCCCAAAUGUGAAUGGGGUUACCCAAGGUCACAAAGCAAGUGUGUGAUCUAUGUUCCGGUAUCACUGGUCCAGCUUCCAUUCAAGAGAGGCUGGUAAAACCACAGCUGAGAAGUGAGCUGGGCAGAGGACAGGAAUGGGCAGGGGUGGGCACAGAACAGUCUUAGGGGCGAUGGAGCGCAGGAGCCUCCAGUUGUGGCAAUGACAGUGGUAAAGAGAGCCACCUGCCAGAAGCCUGCUGUACGAUGUGAUGACCUCCAAUUCAAUGAUAAAGCUGAACCCCCAAAAGAGGGGAAAAGUUCCACCUGGGGUGUAUGCCCCACCUGGCCCCAGAUCAAGGUGAUACAAAAAACACCCUUGUUCCACGAACUAUGUUCCGUUCCUCUUCUUUCUGACUGGAGAAGAGCUAGAGGAGGCAGAUUUCCCAAACUGGAACUCUCCCAGGCUUCGCAUGGCAGGCAAAAAGGCCAUUUCCCCAGCUCCCCCUGCUGGCUUCUGCAGCCAGGGGCCUCUAGCAGGAUGAGCCAGCAUGGACAGGCAGGGAGUUGAAACACAGAAUCUUUCUUUCCAGGAGGCUGACUGAGGACACAGUGGGGCCAAAGCUAGACUUGUGGCUCAUUAUUUAAGGAGUCCUAGAUCCUGGGAGCAGAAAAGGGUCCUCACCUGUCAACAAGAGUAAGAGUAACGCUAAGGUCCAAAAAGAGGAAAGGCCUCUCCAAGGUGGCACAGCUGGGACAGGCAUGUUGACUCCGGUCCCAUUCUCUCACCUCACUGCACAUGGGUUUCCCUGGCAGGCUUGAUGGCGCCUGGUUGGCUACAGCACCGCCAUGCCUAGGUUGGCAGACAUCUCCCUUCUGAGAUGGCAGGACUCUGGGCAACUCGUUGCAUAGUCAGGGGUCCCACAGGCAUCCUGGCAGGCAGCAGAAUUCUUUCCAGCUCUGCCCCAGUGGACAGGUUUAAGCCUGAGACCUGGCAAGACUCUGGAACUUGGCUUCACAGGGUCCCGCCAGUCCCAUGGGCACCACACUGUAAACUGAACUUGACCUCAACCAGGACUGGAGUCAGUUUAUCCUUGGCAGAAAAUGUGACUUCCUAUUGCUGAGCGGGAAGGGGCUUAGCUGACUUUUAAAGCGGUCUCAGAAGUUAGACAUCAAACGGAUUGUGCAGAGCGCUAUUGGGAUGAGAUAAGUGUAAAGGAAUUGGAAACACACAGGCCAGAUUCCCCUGUUUGGGGCAGAGUAUGGCAUGAGAUGUAUGGAGAUCAAGCUUGAGGUUAAUUAAAGAUGAAGCAUUUGGGGAAAUAGUCCAAGCACCUGACCGUGUGCCCAGACCUGUGCCAGGCGUGGGGCCAAGACGGUGAAUUAAUACAGCGUGUAAUCCCAGUGCCAGGGUUACACAUAUGGGCUGAAUUGUACCCACCCUUCUGGGCCCAGAAGAGUUCACCAUCAACACGGGACAAAUGGGGCUAUCCUGGGCUACUACUUUCUCAGCCCCAAUGUCUGGCCACUUGUCUUUUCAGACCCCUUCUUAAGGAAGAUUGGAAGGGAAGGAGCUUCCUCCACUACCUUUUAAGGAUUUUAAAGAUGAUGUGCCCUGCUUAGUAUCACAUGUCCCCGUAAGGACUGUACUUGGGCAAGAGCAUCAAUAAGCAUCAUAAGAGGUCCAGACUGGGAUGCAUAGUGAGUUCUAAAACAGCUUGAGCUACAUAACCAGACCCUCUAUGAAAAAUGGAGGAGAGGGAGGCAGGGAGGCAGGGAGGCAGGGAAGGAGGAAAGGAAGGAAGGAAGGGAGGGAGGAAGGAAGGAAGGAAGAGAGGGAGGAAGGGAGGGCAGGCUAGUCCAACAGAUCAACAAAAUUGGUGUGGGCUUAGAAAAAAGAGCCAUUGUUCGUCAGGCACCUAGGGCCAAAGUUUCCUGGCCCCUGGAGAUCUCUACCAAGCCAGGGUUUAAGCAAGUAGCAAACUCAACUUGAUGGCAUAUAUCCUAGGAGACCUUGCACACAAACAGAAUGUAUGGCUAGGCCACUUAAACUUCCUUUCCUGCUCUGGAAACAGACCAGUAGUCCAUCAGCAGUUUCUCAGACUUCAUGUUCUUGCUAGCCAGACUCAUAAACAUGGAGCCUAGUUCCUUUGAGAUUCCCAUGAGAAUUUUUAGGACGUUCGUUUUGACUUUGAGGCAGACAGAAAGAUGGAAGGCCUGUGGCCCAGCAGCAGCCUGUGACCAGCACUUAGUGGGAAUGAAAGAAUCAAAGAGGUGCAGGUGCCAGUCUCAAGGGUCAAAGAUAUGGAGUCUGCAAUAUGUGGACUGAGGGUGACUCAAAACAUUCACCUUACACUGAAAGACCCAAGCACAUCCUCCUCACGUGGAGUGUGGUCACUGGCUAUGUCCUGGCCUGUCCAGACUGGGGCAAGCCUGGAAGCUGAGGUACUUUGUACCACCACUUAGCCCAGUGCCCCAUCACAAUCGAUCCCAGAGAAGAGAACUGCUAGUUGUAGUUUUGAUGACACCCUAAGUGGCAAAAAACAGACUUGGGGUAGUAAUAACCAUGAGAUAAACACCAGGCCCUCUACUUGGCCUUCCAGAUCCUCCAUGACCUCACUCAGCUGCCCUUGCUGGCCAUGUCUCAUCCCUCCUAUCCCAGCCUGACAGAUGGAAUCAUAUCUGUUAUUUCUAGAAUAGACAUGGUGUAUUAUACAUUUUACUCCCCAGGGGAAGCUCUCUUCCCUUCCCCCAGCCAUUUAUCCCAUGAGGAUAACCCUGGUGACUUGCUCCAGGAUGUCCCCAUGGAGCCCUAUGUACAUUCCUGGUACCACACCCACAUUCCAGAGUUAGAGCUGUUUGGAUAUGAAUUUGCUCUCUGUUGGGAAUACAAGCAAAUCAAUGAGGUGGGUCUUGUAACUGGUUUUUAUGACCUUCGACACAAAGCUGAUACUCUGUAGAUGUGCUGACAGGGACAAGGGAGGAAAGGAAGCAGACCAGAGGAAGAAGAGGUAGGAGCUAGGAAAGGCAAAAAGACAGCCUUGGCUUUCUAUUUGAGACAACUUCCACGUCCCUAGCUGUUAAGGUAGCACCUGAGGGUAGAGCUCUCCAGGUGAAGCUAGAUGCAUAGUAUGCAAGGCCCCAAAGGUCCGCUGGCUGAAGAUGUAGUAACCAGCUGGAAAUCUUGGCAAACGAUUGGUGUAAACGCCAUCAUGAAAGUGCCCCUGGCUUUGUAAGGUUUGGGUUCUUUAAACAUUGUUAUUUUUCCAAAAAUUCAUCUAGGCAGCCAAAAAUAUCACCCUGGCUGGCCAUCUAAGCCUGUAGAUUCAGUACUCAGUCAAGCCUCCCUACACCCCUCCCCCAUUCUUACACAGCCCAGCCAGGCUUGCCAAGAACUGGCAGAAACUCCUGCUGCCUUUGGGCAGGGACCUCUUGGGGGAAGGGAUGCCUGGAUUGAAACCUUGCCCACGACUCCAGUUCCGAGCCAUUUCUUUGUCUGUGCCCAACCUUGAGCAAGGGAAGUCAGAGCUUAUAAAGGGCCCUUGGGACCCUACCUGGCCAUUUCCAGGGAAUGUCAGCUCCUCACCCUGUCCCCAAAGGCAGACUGGGAUCUUGCCCUCUCAAGGCCUUUGCUUGCUGUUUGGGAAGCCCCAGAGGCCCUUUCAGCUUCUGUUUCUUCAUGGACCGUAGGGAGAGUUUCCUAGGGCCAGGAGGGGAAUUCUGGGUAUCAUAUAGACACCACAGACCACCAUGAUGGAAGCAUGUGACAGGUAAGAAAGCAUAACUUAAAGGCCCACUCCAUCCUAAAACCUGCAUUGGGGAAUGUGGUUUGGAAUAGGAUCCAAGUCUAAGGUGCCUGAUGUGAGAGACCAAGGACUCUUAGACUGGAAUCUCUCCUGUUGCCAGGCUGAGGUGGGGGUGGCUCUCAGCUAAAGAAGGGGGGGGGGGAGUUGGCCUUAGCGUUUGCCCAGUUCUAAGUCUCAGAUUUGUUGGCUACCCUACUGUGCCUCACUGUACCAAGCUGGCUUCUGCUCCCACCAUGUUUAUGGUGUUCUUUAUCACCUCUUCCUUCACCCCCCGCCCCAUGAAUUGUCAUGAAGAGUUUUUAAGAGUAUAAUAGAAGACAAAGAAAGAUGCUAUUAAUGUUAUUUUGCCAAAAAUAUUUUUGUAGCAUAAUAUAUUAAUAAAAGAUAUUAUGAACUUGA